CUCGGUUGCACAGCCCCAAUUGACGCAGUACUGCUUCGUACUGCGCAAUCUGUCUUUUUGGCAUAAAACAGAACCACCGCAAACACCGCUCAACGUUUUUCUCACUUACCAGUCGACCUCCACAUUGUUGCAGAAUGGCUGAGGGAACGGGUGCCCAUGUACACUACACAGAUCAAUCUCCGACCACCGCUACCAACGAGGCGCAGGGUACUUCAUCCUCGACACUGCAUCGCAACGACACCUUCAUGUCCACAACGACGAGAAGAAACUCUGACGGAUAUAACAACAUGGACGAAGCAUUCGACCACACCAAACUAGACGAGAAGCAUCAGCCAAAUUUAGUCCGGGGGGCGAGCACGGGGAGCAAGGUGUCAUACACUGACUCGAAGCGCUACACGUACGUCGACGAAGAUUAUAAUCUCUAUCGACAUCCGCAAGAGGACAGCAAUGAUUCUCUUGUGCGUAAUGCGGCCGACAUUGGGCGUUCAGGCAACUACCAAGACUUGGAAUACGCGGAUCCUUAUAAUGCUGAAAGAGCAAAGCCUGUAGCAGAGAAAGCUGGCCCAUUAGCAAGAUUCCUGGGCGAAGGACGAUACCCCAUAGAACAGAGAAUAGAGGACAAGAAACGCGGCAUCGGACGACAGAAAUAUCCCUUCCUUGUGUGGCUCCUCACGCUCAUAAUGACCUGCACAUUCAUCUACGAGCUCAUCUUGAACUGGAAGCAGCAAGGCACUCCCGUCUCUUUCCACCCCACUGUGAACUACAUGUUGGGUCCUUCUUCAGCAGCGAUCAUACAUGUUGGCGCGAGAUUUCCACCUUGCAUGAAAUAUAUUGAUGAUGUUCCUCCUACAUUGGAAAUGGGCUGUAUGAACAAUACGGCUAAUCCCGCCACUAUACUGUGUACCGUUGAAGAGCUCUGCGGAUUUGGAGGAUUCCCUGACGAUGAUCCAAAUCAGUGGUUCCGAUUCAUAACAGCAAUUUUCUUCCACGCUGGAUUUGUGCAUAUUCUUUUGAAUAUGUUUGCUCAGCUCACCCUUUCUGCUCAAAUUGAAAGGGAAAUGGGUACUGGCGGCUUUUUCUUCACUUACAUGAGUGCAGGUAUCUUUGGCAACAUAUUAGGAGGCAAUUUCGCGCUUGUCGGAAUACCCUCAUUAGGCGCCAGCGGAGCAAUUUUCGGUACAGUAGCGGUGACAUGGGUCGAUCUAUUUGCCCACUGGAAGUACCAAUAUAGACCAGUCAGGAAGCUUAUAUUCAUGACCAUUGAAUUGCUUAUUGGUAUUGCUGUCGGAUUCAUUCCAUAUGUCGAUAACUUUGCUCACCUGGGAGGAUUUUUGAUGGGACUGUUGGUCGGAACCACAUUCUAUCCCGUCAUAAGUAUCACUAGACGCCAUAAAUUGAUAAUGUGGUGCUUUCGUAUCAUCUCCAUUCCAUUGGUGAUUGUCCUCUUCGUAGUUCUUACGAGGAAUUUCUACAAAUCAGAUCCUUACGCCGCGUGCUCCUGGUGUCGCUAUCUUUCUUGUUGGCCCACAUCAUCAAAUGAUUACUGCAAGGGAACUGGUAUCGUUACAACCAGUUCCACUAGCACAUGACCCCGAUCUUAGUAGUAGGCCUGUAAAUACUGAUACCAUGGUCCUGUACAUAUCUUUGGCAGCAUUUAUCAUUUAUCAAACGGACAAGUCUCCUGUAUGCACGUAGAAUUACGUAAGAUUAUCCUGAAUUUAUUCUUGACUUUUGACCAC